GUGGCUCUCACUCCAUGCUUAUCGAUAAGAUCUUCUCCCUUUGUAUCCCCAUAUACCCAUAUCAAUUAUAGAAGCUUUCAUCUAGGAUGAUCAUGGAGAUAGCUUCCUCGUUCUCUUCCUCGACAAGUUGUCCACAGAGACUUCAUCAAAUAAGAGCAAGACAAAAGGGUGCGAUCUCUCCUUUCAAGUCCCACACUGUGUCCUUCAAACUUGGUUCCAAAAACUGCAGAACAUGCAGUGGAAAAGGAGCAAUCGAAUGCCCUGGCUGUAAGGGAACAGGGAAGAAUAAGAAAAAUGGGAACAUCUUUGAGAGAUGGAAGUGCUAUGACUGCCAAGGAUUUGGUCUAAGGAGCUGUCCAAGCUGUGGCAAAGGUGGACUCACACCAGAGCAAAGAGGAGAAAGAUAGACAAGAAAGAAAGAAAGAAAGGAAAACAUUAAUACCUCUAGCCAUGAUGUAAAGCUUGCUAAUGAUAAUGGAAAGUAUGUUUAUUCCA